AUGAAGAUUUUUGUCAAGACUCUCAAGGGCACUCACUUCGACGUCGAAGUGAAGCCUGAGGACACGGUUGCUGAUGUGAAGAAACAGAUAGAAACUAGUCAAGGUUCAGAUGUAUAUCCUGCUUCACAACAGAUGCUCAUUCAUCAAGGAAAAGUACUUAAAGAUAGCACAACAUUGGAUGAAAACAAAGUUGCUGAAAACAGCUUUGUUGUGAUAAUGUUGACAAAGAGUAAGAGCUCGUCUGGUGAAGGUUCAGGUGCAUCAACUGCGACUACAACUAAGGCACCACAGCCAAGUGCACCUUCUGCUGCUCCAACUGCGACAUUAACAGCACCUCAGGCUCCAAUACCAACCUCAGCACCGCCUGCUUCUGUUACCACACCUGCUCCUGUCUCUUCAGCUACCACAGAGGUAGAAUCUGAUCCCUACGGCCAAGCAGCAUCUGAUCUGGUAGCAGGAACUAACUUGGAGGGAACGAUUCAGCAAAUUCUGGAUAUGGGUGGAGGUACUUGGGACAGGGAUACUGUUGUACGUGCUCUUCGUGCUGCUUUCAACAACCCAGCGAGAGCUAUUGACUAUCUUUAUUCUGGUAUCCCUGAGCAACCUGAAGUUCCACCUGCAGCCCGUAUUCCUGUGACUGGGGAAGUUGCAAACCUUCCAGCACAACCUCCGCAAUCAGCACAACCAGCAGCCACUCCACCAAGUGGACCUAAUGCCAAUCCUUUAAACCUUUUUCCACAGGGCCUUCCGAACAUGGGUGCUGGUGCUGCUGCUGCAGGCAAUCUUGAUUUUCUUCGUGACAGCCAACAGUUCCAAGCCUUGCGAGCUAUGGUGCAGGCUAAUCCACAAAUAUUGCAGCCUAUGCUUCAAGAGUUAGGGAAACAAAAUCCUAAUCUUAUGAGGCUAAUUCAACAGCAUCAGGCUGACUUCCUUCGCCUGAUUAAUGAACCUGUGGAAGGUGGAGAAGGGAACAUAUUGGGCGAUGCAGCGGUGCCGCAGUCAAUAAGUGUUACUCCUGAGGAGCGUGAAGCUAUAGAACGUCUUGAAGCAAUGGGAUUUGAUCGAGCAAUUGUAUUGGAGGUUUUCUUUGCCUGCAACAAGAACGAAGAGUUGGCUGCCAACUACCUCUUAGACCACAUGCAUGAAUUUGAGGAAUAA